UUUCACACCUCACUCUCAAAUGGAUCACUUUAUUACUAGCGUAGUGUCGACGACAUACAGAUGUAGAAAGGUCGAGUUGUCGUAUUCUACUAUGAACAUACGACCCAUAUAUUUCUAUGCCAAUUCCACUGCUGCCAAGGACUUCAUGCCUAGUGACAAACUCCAGGAGGCAUUCUACCGGACACUCGCCCAAUUCCCCUGGUUUGCCGGGUAUUACAAACAGUCAAGAAAGGGAGGGCUGAAUGUGGUUGUCGACCGAAACAGCCUCAACCUGCCCGAGUACCGCGAGUCGCAGUCUGAUAAACAUUUCCGGGAAAUCCAAUCGGCCAAGUUCAACCCUACGACUUUGCCCGGCGAUAUAUUCUCUGUCGGUCAUAUUCCAUGCCCUGACAAGGAGACAAGAAAGAUAAAGCUCGUGAGUAUCCAUAUCGUGCGCCUGAAGGACAACAGCGGAAUAGUCAUUGCAGCAAGCUUCAACCAUGGUGUCGCGGACGGUACCAGUGCUGUCCUUUUCCUCAACCGUUGGGCAGAAGAGACGCGUGCGCUCGUAUCUGGCGAGAAAGUGGCGGAUGCAAGCUUCUGCUUUGGUGUCGAUACUCUCAUGGAGCACCUGCCUACCGAGCGCUCUCCACUCGGCGAGACGGCCCGCGCAGUGCUUUCGAAGAAAUCCCGAUUAGGAGAUUUCAUAAUGUGGCUAUCGCCCAACAAGCGGGGGAAGCUGCUGAAUCACCUGGCACGCAAGGCCCCGACUCGCGGGCAUCUAUUCCGGAUUCCGCGUGCAAAGCUCGACGAGUUCCAUAACAAGGUGCUCGAGUGUCUGCCGCCCGAGUCACGGCUAUCCACCAACGAUGUUCUCUCUGCAGCCUUCAACAAGGUUCACGAGCAGGCAGCAGCAGACGUGGCAAAGGGUAAUCGAGGGUGGAUUGCAAAGUUGACAGGCCGAGCAAACGCCAUUUCAGGCGAACAUUGCAUGGUGGUCGCUUGCGACCUUCGUGGUCGGCUUGGGAUGGCCGAGCUGAACUUUAUAGGCAACCCGAUUAGCGGUGAAUAUGUUGUCACCCCGAUGGACCAGGCUCAUUCGCCAAUCACCAUGGAGUCUAUUGCUGCAGUUGCAGCCCAGGUUCGGUCACUAGUAUCUAGUCUAACUCCGCCGUAUAUUGGACAGCUCAUCGAAAUGACAGAGUCAGACGACGUAUAUACUGCUGAUAUCAUUGCUGCAUCCAUGGGGUACAAGCUUGUGUCAGUCACAACAAAUAUGGUCAGUCGCAAUAUGUAUCGGACGGAUUUUGGUAACGGGGUGCAGACGAUGGUUACAAUACACCCAGACUUCGGUCCAGGGACAUUUGUAAUUCUUCAAUCGCCCCCGCCGAGCACAGAUGUUCUUGUCAACAUCAGUGUUCAGUCGCCAGUUAUGGAGCGAAUCUUGAAGAACGGUUUUUGGAUGGAUAUGGCAGAAGUCAUCUAUUAAAUAAAUUUAUGUGUCGAGA